AUGUUGAGCAGCUUAGGUUUCAAAACUGGGAUCAGAGCAACCUACAAUGUUCUGGAUAACCCAUCAUUUGUUAGUGAACCAUGGACAGUGUACCCUGCUAAACACAAAUCAACCAACCGAAUAGUUUCAGUCUUCAUUUUUGAUAAGCUGAAAUUUGAAUCACAAGUUCAUCGAAUGUGUCAGAUGUCGUCCUUGGCUGCAAAUAGUAGUCCCAAAAAAGUGAUCAAAGAAUGCUAUGAGUUGAUCAAAUUCGAAGUAAAUCAAUUGAGUAAGUUGAGACACCCACAGGUGCUAACUACACUUGAACCUUUGGAGGAGACAAAGACGAAAUUUAUAUUUGUUACUGAAGCAGUUCUGAGUGAUUUAAACACUGUCGCUUCAAAAGAUUUGGAUGAGUUAUCGAUUCAGAAGGGGUUGUUACAAGUAGCUAAGGGGCUACAAUUUAUUCACAACCAAUGCAACAUCAUUCACUUGAACAUUCAACCUUCUUCAAUAUUUAUUAAUAAUCAAGGAGAUUGGAAACUAGCUGGUUUCACUUUUUUAAAGAAUCUCAAUGAAAUAUCACCCCAAGAGCGAGACAAUUUUUUUAUCAUGAAUACAUCGUCAUUUAUACCAUUUGCCAACUUGAAUUUAAGCUUUACGGCACCGGAAUUGAUUGUUGAUGCACAACCUAAAUUGGACUUUGCUAACGAUAUCUGGUCAUUUGGGAUGUUGAUUUUUUAUUUAUACAAUUACGACGACAAUGAGCUGUUGAUAAAUUUGCAAGAUUCCACCAGCAUUCAAGAUUACAAGCAUGAAUUCCGCAAAUUUGAGUCGAAAUUUUACAGUCAUAGAACUAGUCCUAAUGAGUUAAAGUACAUUUUGAAAAAAGUGCCCGAAAAGUUAUAUCCUUUGUUUCCGCAGUUGCUAGCUAGGUACCCAUACGACAGAUUAAGAUUGGACCAAUUUAUAGAUUCCGAUUUCUUUAAUGGCACUAUAAUCAAAGCCAUGUGGUUUAUUGAUGAGUUUACGACAAAGAGUAUUGAUGAAAAGUUGGUGUUUAUGAAGGGAUUACUCAAAUUUGAUCCAACAACACAAACAGACUUGAUUAGCCAAUUUCCUUCUGCAUUCAGAUCACUGAAGAUAUUGCCAUUGUUGAUUGGACAAUUGAUUAACGAGUUGACAGUUUUGGAUGAAACAGUGGCAAUAGACCCAAAUAUUGACGAGUUGAUUUCAUUGUCGUUGGAUAUAACUAUGGCGAUCUCGAAAUCAUUGUCAGCCUUGACUUUUCAAGAUAGGGUUUACAAUGUUUUACUCAAGGAUAGUUCGUCCCUACUGGAAAAAGUUUACGAUGUUGUUUUCAAAGAUGAAGCAAAGAGCAAGAAAUUAAAGACGUUUACUAAACUUAUCAAUGCUUCUGUCAAGACGAGAUUGACAUUGAUCAAGAAUUUGAAUGUAUUACAGGAAAAAACCAAUGACAAACAAUUUAUGAACUUUAUAAAGACCAUAUUAGACCUUGUAUUUACCCUAGCGGCAAAGGAACAAGAUCAAAAAGAAGUUCAGAUUGAAUUACAAGAGACAUUUCUCGAUUACAUCCCAUAUUUCAUUGACAAGAUUGAUUUUUCAUACAUGAAGAAUACAUUUUUCCCACUAUUGAUUAAAAUUUUCCAAGCAACAUCGGUGUUUUCUACAAAAUUGAAAAUUUUGAAUACAUUUGAGAAAUUCGUUGAUGCAAAGGCAAUUGACAAAAUAAUCAUCAACGAGCAAUUUCUUCCAGUGACUAAGUCGUUGAAAAACCGAGAAGAGGAAAUUGUCAUACGAGUGUUGAAAUUCUUUGAGAAAAUCGUAUCUAGUGAAGACAUGAAUUUGGAUUUGAAAAUGCUUGUUGAAUCAAUUAUACCUCAGAGCUAUGCUUUAGCUUUUGAGUGCACUGAUUGUGAUCAAAAGGAGUUUAGAUCGUUUAUCACAAUCAUCAACAAGAUACAGAAGGCAAUGACAGAAAAGAAAUUGGUACAGUUGCCUGAGCGAAACAUCAAUGGUAGAGCAGCUAGUAGCACUGGACAGAGACAAGAUGGAGGCAAGCCUAAUUUUGAAGCAUUAUUGGAAUCACAAGCCAUAAAGGAGCCUGAGAAACCGGAAAUUGCACCAAAGAGUCAAGUCAUGCAACCAACAAAGAAGACCCCCACUGCUACGCGUACUUCAACAGCAAGAUUGCAUACGUUGAACACCACUAGAUCCAAGUCCGCAACAACGGCAGCGAAACCAACUUCAAUCAACUUAACUCAGUCAACUCCGUUGAAGUUUGGAGCUACUACCAAUAGCAACACCGCCACAUCUAACUUGUUUGAUUCAUUAAAGAGCACCUAUGAUAGACCGGCAUAUCACGAUAAUGAAGGUGAGGAUGACUUUGAUGAUUUUCAACUGGCUGAUGCAAUCAACACCAAGUCAAAAUCAAAACAUAAGAUCAAAUGGACAUCAGAAGCAGAUAAGAUGAAGAGUUUGCCCACCACGCCAUUGAGUCCUGGUAAUGGCGGCACAUUUGCAUCGAUGGGUAACUCGACAACAAAUUUAUCGCAUGCCAGUAACAACUAUCCACCAGGAUUCAAUUCUUCAGUGUUGUCACCAAAGGGAUCAUCUCUGCAACCGAAUAGGUCAAACACCACACUACCUCCUCAAAAUCAAAACAGUGGUAAUAGUGGUAUAAAUCCCGAUCUAUUAGAUCUAUUGUAG